GAAAGUAGACGCUAUUUGGAUUUCCGCCAUUGGGUUGCUGGAUAGGGGCGCUACUGAGGUGUUUUACAUACACACACAUUUAGGAAGCAAAUAUAGAUAUAUACAAUAAGAAAGUAAACAUUUUGUUUUGUAUUUAUUUGUAUUUAUGUCUCGUUUGUUGUUUGCGUUUAAAAGCUACACAUGAUAUCCAUACAUUAGCCGGUUAAUUUGCAGAAAAUGGCAGACGAGGCUCUUUUUCAGUUCCUCCAUAAUGAACUAUUGCAGUAUGUGAACAACACAGAAGGAGGAGAAAAUGAAAAUGGACGGUGCGUUUCAAAGCUGGAGAACAUGGGAUUUCGGGUGGGACAAGGUCUCAUUGAAAGGUUCACCAAAGAAACGGCGCGUUUUAAAGACGAGCUCGACGUCAUGAAGUUCAUCUGCAAAGAUUUCUGGACUUGCGUGUUUAAGAAGCAGAUCGAUAACCUGAGAACAAAUCACCAGGGUAUUUAUGUCCUACAGGAUAACAAGUUCCGGUUAUUGUCCCAACUGUCUGCUGGUAAACAGUAUCUGGAACAUGCUCCAAAGUAUUUGGCGUUUACCUGCGGCCUGGUGAGAGGCGGACUCUACAACCUCGGUGUGAAGAGCAUCGUCACGGCUGAGGUGUCCGUCAUGCCUGCUUGUAAAUUCCAGGUGAUGAUCCAGAAGAUGUGAAACACAGAACAUGAGAGCAAAUUCCUUAUAAAUAAUAUAUACUUUUCUGUCAUUCUUUUUAUUUUUUUUAUUUUUUUAUUUUAUACAUUUAGAUUUUAUUGUACUGUUUUCAUUUGGUUUGCAACUGAAUCCUCUUAAAUCCCUUGCAUGCAAUCUCCAGUAUGUCGAGGUCACUGUGUUGACUUGUACCAUAACCUUGAUUUAUUAUUGGUUUUACACUUUAUCUAUAAAAUCAUAUUUGCACAAGAUGUCAUUAAAAUGUGUCACGUUGGCGUUUUACAUUGUGCUUUAUUUAAAUGUGGGAUAUAAUAUCACAGUUGGUUGAAUUAGGUUCAAUAAACGUUAAGCGGUGCCUCUGCA